AUGGGCAAUCAGUCCAGCACGCCAAAUGCAAACAAGCUCUCCAAGCCAAAGACCAACACAAACUCCGUCAACACAGCUUACAAGAGCGACUUGCCAGAAUGCUCCUUCUCGGGCCCUGCCGAUCUCACUCCAGAAGGACGGCAGCAGAUCAGAGACGCUCUCCUUUCGCCCACAACUGGCGAGUUUGACCACGACAUCCUGUCGCAAACCAGGGACAGCGUACUUGACACGACAAAGGUACGCGACAGCCCUCUGUCCGUGGCCUCGAGGACGAAUUCAAGGUCAAACUCCAGGUCCAAUUCACGCUCCAAUUCGCUAUCCUGCUUCGGGAGCAAACACGGUUCAGCAGCCAGGCUUGCAGGCAUAACCGAUUCCAAGCUAUCCCUCGUUUCAGGCUCAAAUGUAGAUAUUGCCGAAGCUAUAAAGCUGCUGCAACAAGUCAAGAAAAAUGGUUCUCCGGAAGACAUCGCGGCUCUGCAGCAAGUUUUAGAAAUGCCCGAAGAGAAUGAUGACCCAGUAGGCGAACCAAGCAGCAGCCGAAGAAUGUCGGCCGUGGACAAAUCCUCUUCUACAUCGCUCACGCGCCGUCAGUCGCUACUUCAAACACCCGGAGUCGGCACUCGGAGCUCUCCAGUCGAGGCGCGGCGUAGGACGUGGAACUCAUGGAGGUCCGCAAGGCUUGAGUAUGACGACGAGAUCAAGUCGAAACCUAGCCCACAUGCUGCUUCGCACCUGAAUCUUACAAUGGCCAAACCAUCAACCGACAUUGUUCAACCUGAUCCAAGGCCUCGAGUAUCAACUCCAUGUGAGCUGGACUAUUCGCAGCUAGGGAGCCUAAAGCCUGGCACACUGGUAGUCACAAACGGGCCUGCUUCACCGGCAUCAAGCAUCAGGGCUUCAAUUCGCCCUCAUGGUGAAGAUGAAGAUUACUUUUCAGAAACGGAGCCCGGUUCCAGCCCGUUAAUGAUGAAAUCGACACGGCGUCGCGGCCAUGCAAGAAGUCAAUCCGCUACACUUCCUGCGACUUCUUCUCUCCAGAUCGUAGAAACUAUGGAAGUACCACUACCGUACGAGACUGCUCGGAGUGCUACUACAGUCAAGCUUGUUCGGUCCGCAGAUGAAUCUCUCAAGACUGCAUCACCCAAUCAGUCACACGACAGUCUGGAGGCUGUGAACAACAAUCCAGUUGAUGUGGUCCAUUCUACCCAGAGCUCGCAGGCGCACCUUGCCCCCAGCCCAUCUCCGGUAUCAGAAGAGGACCGCACAGUCAACAAGGACGAGGGAUUCACUUCAGAUGACACACACUACCCCAAGUCGGAAGACACUUGUAGAUCCCAAGAUCUGGCUUCAGGACAGGCUGCAUCACAAACUGCUACAAGGAACUUGGCGCCUCCUGGACAAAGCAAUCCAAUACAGAAGAAGCCAAAGAACCGAACCAAGCAACGACCUCCUCCACGCACAACUGAUUCUGGCUAUUCAUCUGGUGGUAGUUUGCCCAUAGAUGAACGCGAACAACAGGCAGGUUCUACUUACACGAUUUGUUCUCAGUGUCAAUGUCACAGUUCGCACGGUGUAGGUCAGGGAAAGGAAGGCAUGCAGCCAGGGUUUCCCAGGCAGAACAAAGAGAAUAUGCAAAUGUCCGGAUCGUCUGUAUCUGCAGCACGUGCUGUACGUGGCAUUCGCGGCCCAGGAGCUCUGGUAACCGUACAGUCGUCGCGAACACUCCGACCAAAGUCGUCUUUACAAGUGUCUGUGAAUUCUGCAAGCUCUUCAGCAAGAUCAUCUACUUCGGAGGGUUUGCUCUCGCCCCGUACGCCUAGAUCAACCUCAUCGAAAUCAUCGUUCGACAGUGCGCCCGGGAAGCCGCCGAAGCGUCUUCAUCGUCGACGACCGUCGCAGGGAGAAGCUCUGAUUGUCCAGUCGUGCCAGCCGAUUCCAGAAGGAAAGAUUCCCGAUGUUCCGGCGGACGUGCGAGCCAAGUUCGAAAGACGCGUGACAAGUACCCCUGGCAUGGACUGUUUGACGCAGACGUAUCCUUCAAAGGACCAUGUCGUUGCAGAAGAGUCCAAGCCCCAUGCCCCACUGCCAGGUCACACCGAGUUUCAACAGCUUGUUGAGCUGCAGGUUGCACCGCCACCGACGCCGUCUGCAAGCAGCCACCGAAGGAGCUUCUCUUUCUUCCGAAGAAAGUCGAUGGGUGACAGCAGAGAGGCUGAGAAGGCAGCUGCGAAUAUUGCGAUUGAAGCUGGUUAUCUGGAACACAUUGCCAUCUCGAUUGGCACUUCUCCCUAUGCUGCUGUGACGCCAGAGCUCCCAAAGCAGACUGUGGCUUCUGCAGCCUCUCCACAUCGACUUGGCGCCACAGUUCCGCGUUCAAAGUCAAUGGUCAACAUGGAUAGUAAGGCUGCUGCUGAGUUUGCUCGCGCGCAUAGCAGAGAUCUUGCUGCUUCAAGAGAGGUGAUGCCGCAGCAGCGACGUAAAAGCUUUCACAGCUUGAAGGUGGAAGCCGGUGAGGCCAGGGCAAUGAGGCAUCGCCCACAGAAUUUUGAUGUUCCGCCUGUUCCGUCUAUCGACAUGGCCAAGCUGUCGGGUCCAAAUACUGCUACACAGCAAUCAAAGAGGCACAGUAUAGCAUCGUUUGGGCCAAAUGCCGGCUUCCGUCCUCAUGGUCACCAGCGCAGUCAUACAGCUCAUCAGCUAGCGACUAAGAGCACUGUAAGCCUGCAGAAGACUUCGCAGCAGAGCAUGCAAUGGGAGGCUCCCUCGAGGCCGCAGGCACAGCGUCGCAAGACGAUUGGCGAAGGCAUGCGUUCUAUGGAUGCAGUUGCUGUGGCCAGCAGCAAACGCGCUUCUGUAGGGCCGGGGGUCAAAGUACAGGGAGCAGAGAAUCCGGCAGCGUGGGGUCGAUACAGUGGUGGUUUGGCAUAUGACUACGAGGGCCGUGGCGUAGGCGUUGGAGGCAGCGCAGGUACACGACAAGUGCACAGCUGCGCAUCGAUCAAGUCGCUGCACUACCAGCACCAGUAUGGAGUGGAUCUUUCCGAUGUGCCCAUCAUGGUGCAGCGCCUCUAA